GUAUGUACAUUCGUUCCUCUCAGCACAUCUAUUUAAGGGGGGCUCCUUGCCCUCUUUUCUUACAACUCACAACGUCCUCCAUCAACAAAUUCAACAAAACCACACGCAGCACAAACCUCUCAAACUAGAUCUUUUUUCUACACAUUUCAAACCCGUCAUCAUGCAGUUCACCACCGCAAUCUUUGCUACCCUCUUCGCCGCCACCAUGGCUGCCCCAGCUCCCGCCGAGAACAAUGCGAUAGCCGAUCACUCCGCCUUCGUACGCCGCCUCGCCGCUAUCAGUGAGGCCCCAUCAGCGACAAUCAACAAGCGCUGCGACCACAAGAAGUUCAAAGAAUGCGCCGAGCCAUGCAGUGCUUUUACCUACAACCCGGGCGGUGGCAUCUCCCAGGCGCUCUGCAUUCAGUCCUGCAACAACAUUAGCGGAGGUGACUGCUAG